CCGCAACCUCCAUCUUUCUCAAUCGUGUUGCUAAUCCCAUAUUUAAUCAUCGUUUUGUUAAACCUCCUUAUUAAUCAUCCUCUCCGAUUAAAUUCCUCAAUCUCCAAAUCAGCCAGAAGGUGAACGCCAGAAAUUCUGAUGGACAGGUCCGAAGCCAUCGCGGUACUACCGGCAUGUUUUGGAGAGACGGUACCAGCGGUGCGCAGAAGAAAAUCGGUGGAGACAAGGUCUGGGCCGCCAGAACAGGUUUGGGCCGGCAGUCUGGGCUCUCAAAUUUGGGAAAGGAAGGCCCGUUUCUAUUACCUAUUAUACCAAGUACUCCUGCUAGUUGAGAAUUCGUCGCUCAUUGUGUUCGCAAUUGCCUUCUCGCGAUGGAGAUUAUGGUUCUGUCUGUGCUGUCAGAAGGUCAAAGGCUGCGAUUUGGCACCUUUCGCGAGCGAAUGGAUGUUAAGAGGCAUGUUCGGGACAUGUAUUCACUGUAUUCAGUUGGACUGUAUGUUGACAGGCUUGCGAAGCAGGAUGUUAGAGCUAUUGCUGCAGACUCUGAUGCAGUGAAUGCAGAUAAGGAAGCCUACUAUAAUUUGUUUGAGACAUUCAACGGCGAAACUGAAAUGGCUGCGAAGAAGAUACGAAAGUCUCUAUCAGCUUGUCCAUAUCCUGAGCGGCGCAGGAAAAGACACGUUUUCUUCUGUUGAGGUUGAGAACUUGGUCCGUGGGGUCGAACGCUUUGGUACUGGACCUUGGGCAUUAAUCAGAGAUGUGUAUUUUAGCAACAGCAGACGCACUAACCAGGACCUUUGGCACAAGUGGCGAAACCUCGUGGAAAUGAAAAGUGCCGAUCACAUAGUUACACCACAACAAUUGACUCGUAUUGCUGCUGCAAAUCGACCUAAAUUGGUGGCCUUACAAGAAGGUUAUCUGGAGCCUGUAGUUGAACAGGAAAUUGAUGACUUGGAUGUGAAGACUUCUGUGUUAACUCCAACUCAGCGUGCGUCGAUCAUGAACUUUGUUGCCCAAGCGACUGUGAAGACUUAUUUGGCCCAUUCAGAGCUCCUGGAUGUCAUGCAAUUGUUUGACUGGUUUCUGGUUGCCAAAAUUGAUCAAGGAAAUGAUGUGGCUGCUGAAGACUAUAACACCUUUCAUCCUUUGGUUGUAAAUCUCGUGAAUACAACAAAGGCUAUGAUGGAUAAUAUCUUGGAUCCAAUUGAAGGCAAUACCAGCAAUAACAAUGCUGGUCAAGAUGUUGACAUUGCAGAUAAUGUUGAAGAAGUGGCUACUGGAAGUGAUAGUGGAGCUGCCAUUAUUGUUAAUGAAGGUGUAGGGGCUACUGUAAGUACAAGUGUGGCUACUGUUGGUGAUGGUGGCAAUGCAGAUACUGUUGAAGUGGCUACGGGAAGUGAUGAUGGGGCUGCCAUUAUUGUUAAUGAAGAUGUAAGGGCUACUGUAAGUACAAGUGAGGCUACUGUUGGGGUUGAUGGGGGUGCAGCGACGGAGUAAGAAUGUAAGGGUUGCUGUAAAUACUAGUGGGGCAACUGAUGGUGUUGAUGGGGCUUCUGGCUAUGGAGUAAUAGAUGAAACGGUUGUUUACAGUGAUUCAUGGGAUGAGCUAGCAAUCAGGGAAGGGAGGGAACUCUUCUCUCCCUCCACAAGUGGUCUUCAUACUACGUUUUUUCAUGUUUUUCUAGUUCUGUUUUCCAGCAAGUGUAUGAUUUUACUGUAGUUCAUAGGAAUUUUCUUUUGACUACAUGUAAUUGACGAGCAGUGAACAUGAGAUCCUAUGAAUCCCACUGUGUUUUUGUUAUCUCUGGGGCUUGUACUCUGCCUCAUGAGUGGGCUUUGAUUGGGAACCUCUACUCUCUCCUUGCAAUCGUUGUUUUUUCA